AUGAUGUUUGGGUUCCGAACACCGCCGACUGCGGCGUUAAUGCUCCUACUCGCCGCUGCUGCCAACUCUCUACCAUCUCCAAGUGACUGCCCGGUUACACACACUGUCCUCUUUGGGUAUAAGGCUAGCCUAGACCCCGCGGUCGUGAAAGCGUCUGUCGCACAAUUCUUGAGCCUCAAAGAGGCCUGUCUGAGCCCCGACACCAACAAACCCUACAUUAUUUCUCUGAAGGGUGGUAAAGACAACUCUCCCGAGAUGUCAGAGGACGGCGCUACACACGGGUUCGUAGUAGAGUUGCCCUCCGAGGAAGCUCGUGACUAUUACGUCUUCAAGGAUCCUGCGCAUCAGAAGUUCAAGGCGGAUGUCAAGGAUCUCAUUGACAAAUCUAUCAUUGUCGACUUUUUCGAUGGUGUAUACUAA